AUGUCUCAAGAACAAUGCACCAUUUCCAACUCGCUACUGGAUAAACUUGAACGCAAUGAAGUCGCAUCUACCCUCAGCGUCAAGCUCGUCCGCUCAGUGGAGCUACCGAUGAUUGCCAAAACCGCAGGGUUCGACGGCAUUCUAAUCGACAUGGAACACUCCUCCUUUGACCUGGAUACCACCGGCCAACUCUGUCUUGCAGCACUAUACGCCGGUAUUACGCCCAUCGUACGUGCACCCAGCAAAGACCCUUUCUUCGUUUCGCGGAUCCUCGAUGGAGGCGCUCUGGGCGUUAUUGUUCCUCACAUUCGCUCCGUGCAAGACGCCAAAGACGUGGUCGCGGCGGCCAAAUUCCAGCCCAUAGGCCACCGCUCCUCAACCAACGGUCUCCCGCACCUUCAAUUCCGCUCUUUUCCCGCCAAAGUUGUCAAUCCCGUCAUCAAUGCUCAGACGCUCGUCAUUCCGAUGAUUGAGACUCUUGAGGCGCUGGAACUCGUCGACGAAAUCGCUGCCGUGGAAGGCGUGGACUCAUUGCUGAUUGGCACCAACGAUCUAACGGCAGAGAUGGGAAUCCCCGGUGACUACGAAAACCCACGCGUGACUGAGGCAUAUCGACGGACAAUCGAAGCGUGCCACAAGGUCGGCAAAUUCGUCGGCUGUGGUGGCCUUCAUUCACGUCUGGAUUUGGUGGAAAAGUUUUGUGGCAUGGGUGUGAAUUGGGUCAUGGCUGCUACGGAUGGUCCUCUAUUGCUCGCUGGAGCUACGAAGAGGGCGACGGAAAUGGCGGUACUGAAUCAGAAGGUGAGGGGAUCGACAGUGAAGGAGGUCAGACCGGAGGUUGUCAAUGGGCUUGAGAAGGGCGUUAAUGGUGUACAUGUCGAGGUGGCCGAGGUCGUUCUACCAACUGCGUAG